AUAAGAAUUCAUAAUACUAUGUAGUAACUAUCACAUGCAUCUUUUAUUGUUUCUGUGAUUUUUGUUACUAUGAUGAAAAAAUGUGGUUAUAUAUCAAAAUGUUGAAAAAUUGUCCUGAGGCAAUAAAAUGUCAUCAGAUUAGAUUCACUAAUAAGGACCAUGAUCUAUCCUCAUUGUUAUAUAGUAUUUGUAAUGAUAAACACAGCGUGUCAAUUUCUUUGAAUUGUAAACAUUGGAAUUAAAAGAUGAUGGAAUACAUGUGGAUAAGCUGCGUUUUAUUGGUUGUUUGUUGUGCAGAAGCAGAAUUUGUCAACAACCAUGACCGAUUUAAGAGACAGACCAGCAUUAAGAGUAUGUCACCAGAUGAUCGUCCAAGUUGCAAGCCUGGAGCACAAGUUCCGCUGGUAAGAGUUGAUUCAUCACAGAGACUAUAUGAUCUGAGGCAAGAGUUUAAUUCCAAUGGUGUCAACUUACAAGGGGUGAUAAUUCCGUCAGAAGAUGCACACCAGAGUGAGUUCCCAGCAGAGUAUGAUAAAAGAAGAGCCUAUAUUUCAGGAUUCGAUGGCUCACAUGGUUUAGCUAUAGUGUUGAAGGACAAAGCUGCACUAUGGACUGAUGGUAGAUACUACACCCAGGCUGAGAACCAGUUAGACUGUAACUGGAUACUGAUGAAACAAGAUGAACCGAACACACCAACCUAUGAAGAAUGGAUCCUUGCCAACCUGGGAACCAGUUCAUCAAUGUCCAACAGAAAUAUUGGUCUAAAUCCAUUGUUUAUUACCAGUAGUGCUUGGAUUACAAUGGAUAGAAAUUUAAAGGCAGAAAACAUCAACUUAUACCAAAUGAAUAAAGAUUUAGUUGAUACUAUCUGGCAGUUUGGUAGACCAGGAAGGCCUAGUAGUAAAAUUCAUGUUCUAGAAGAUAAAUUUUCAGGUAAAAAUUGGCAACAGAAGGUAACAGAAGAUGUAUACAAAGCAAUGAUGGACCAUAAAGCUGAUGUCUUAAUUAUCACACAACUAGAUGAGAUUGCAUGGCUUUUCAACUUGAGAGGAUCAGAUGUAGAAUACAACCCUUUCUUUAUGUCAUAUGCUAUUCUGGAAACUCAAGAUGGUAGUCUUAGAAUUAGAUUAUUUUUAUGGGAUAAGUUGAGGAAGUUAACAGAACAGCCAUCAGAUCCAGAGUCUAUGUCAAAGCUGAACGUGUUCCUUAACACGGGUGUCAGUGGAUCAUGUACUGACAGGAUAGGAAUGUGUGUUGAGGUAGAAGAUUACAGCACCUUUAUAAAUGCUGUUAUAGCUACUGUAAACAAAAGAGAUGUAAAGAAAGUAUGGAUACCAUUCCAGUGUAAUUAUGCCAUUUAUAAAGUCAUAACAAAGGAAAUAUACCAAGGAAAUACACCAGCAGCUCUGAAAAAGUUCCAGAAAAAUCCAACAGAGCAACAGGGUCUUAGAAAUGCACAUAAAAGAGAUGCAGUUGCACUUAUUACAUUUGCUGCAAGACUUGAGAAUCAGGUGAAAAGUGGUCAGUUUCCUGUUGCAACUGAGCUAUCUGCAGCCAACCAACUGGACUCAUUUAGAGGAAGAGAGAUCUACAACAGAGGUACCAGUUUCCCAACCCUGUCAGCUUAUGGAACAAAUGCUGCUAUCAUCCAUUACAUGCCAAGUCUGUCUACAAAUGUAGAGAUUAAAACAGAUAAUAUGUAUCUUCUGGAUUCAGGAGGACAGUAUCUGGAUGGAACUACUGAUGUGACACGUACAUUUCAUUAUGGAGUACCAACGAAUCGUCAGAAGGAAUGUUACACUAGAGUCUUGAUGGGACAUAUUGACCUGGCUAGAUUUAUCUUCUAUAAAGGAUCUUAUGGACCCUAUGGUAGAGAAAUAGAUGCUAUAGCCAGGAGGCCGCUGUGGGAAGUUGGACUGGACUACAGACAUGGUACUGGUCAUGGAGUAGGGGCAUACCUAAGUGUACAUGAAGGACCAGGCAGAAUAUCCCUAGCUCAUCCCAGAGUGGAUAAAGACAUACCUUUAGAUGAAUUCCAAGUCUUCUCUGAUGAACCUGGAUAUUAUGAAACAAAUGGUUUUGGAGUGAGAAUAGAAAAUAUGGUCAUGGUCGUGAAAAAAAGAACAAAGUAUCAGUUUAUGGACAGUGUGUUCCUAGGAUUUGAAACCUUGACAUUAGUACCAUAUGAACCAACUCUGAUAGACUUUAGCCUCAUGAGUCCUGCACAGAUUGACUGGAUGAACAUUUACCAUAACAAAGUACAGAGAGAAAUAGGACCACUGAUUGUUAAUGAUACUUUAGCCACAGCAUGGCUGAGGGCAAGAACUGUUCCAGUUAAUAUCAACAAGGGAGAUAAUUUGAAAAUUAAUUUUAUUCUGUUAAUUAGCUCUGUUUGUCUUAUUUUAGGCAUGUCAUAAGCAAGCUAUUUCAUCAUAAUUCAGAAUGAAAGCAUUGUUAUAAGUUAUCAUUAUAUCAUAAUUACACCAUAUUUACCAAAUUUAUAAUGUGUUGUUCAUAAAAGUGAGAGAGAAAAAUCAUUGGAAAAGAGAAAUCAAGGCAAACUAUCUAGCCUUGCUUCCUUAUUAGUAAUUGUUAAUUGCAAAUUCAUCAUUAAAUUAGAUGUCAAGUCAAUGCACAUAUUGUCAAUGUCAUAUUUAUAACCUGCUUUCAUCAUAUUUCACAUUUGCUAUAUGUCAUUAUGUGUAUUUGGGGCAUAAGAUAUAAGAAUAGUAUGUUUUACUUGUCUUGUACUUUAAUCUAGAUAUCUGUAAAUGAUAUAUUUUUAAUAUAUGUUUAAAUAUUUCAAUUAGAUUCAAAUUGCAAUAAUGUUUCCUUGAUCUACUGAAAGUUUAUAGCAACAAAAAAUACUCCCAUAAUACUUUCCCUUAUAUCAUAAAUUUUGAAACAGAAGUUUUGUUUUUAUAAUAAUAAAUUUAUAGUUCUACAUACAAUACUGAAAAUUAAUCCAUGUACAAACUGAUACUUAUAGUAUAUUUUAUAUAAAAGGUAUUUAAAGUGGGCAAAGAAAUCAUAACUUCUUGCUUCCAAAGAGGAAAAAAGAUAAUAAAGAAAAGAAAAACAGUUUUAAUGGGUGAUUAGCUACAAUUUUGACCCCAAAAAAUUUGUUUUAUUUCAAACAUUGAUAAAAGCAGAAUUAUGAAUUAAUAUGUUGCUGUUACUAGUCAGGUUGGCAGGAAAAUAAGCUAAAAAACUUCACUGUUGUUUUAUUGGGUUGCAAGUCAAUAACUCAAGUCAAUUUUAAUACUUAUUGCAUUUUCAUUCAAUUUAACCUUUGGCAGGAGAUUGUACUAAGUAUGUUUAGUUAAUGUCUUAAAUGUAAACAAACGGAGACACCUUGAAGAAUUUAUACAGGUAAAAAGAUGAUUUACAUAUUUUUGAAUCUUAAAAAUGAAAUAAAACAUCAGGAAAUUUUUCAUUAUACAAUUACAAGUGCUUAUAUGUAUUUAUAUAAAUAUUUUUGUUUACAUUAGAUUAUAUGGCUAUCUGCAUUAUUCAGAGGUAAUCUCAAUGGUUAACUAUUUGGAGUCGACUGAAAUAUACACAACAUGCUGGUAAUUUAUAUAGCUGGUUCAUUUUAGCCAGCCGAUGCAUUUUUAUUGUAAUUUUUCCAUGGACUUUUUGUGAUUUGGAUAUACGUUUUAGUAUGUUACAAAUCAAAUUUGAGAAUUUGAGUCAAAUUGAUGAACAUAAAUUUGACAGCUAAAGCCAAUUGAAUACUGUUAAUUGAUACUUUAAUCUCCACAUACCUUUUAAUGCUAGAAGAGUAAGACAGAUUUUUUAACCUGUAAAAUAGUUAAUACCAAAUACUAAAUCUUAGUUCUAAACUAUUCCUGCUUCCGU